CAUCACUCGCCCAAAGCGCAACCGGAUUGGCCGGUCAACCUUAACACCUCGCCCCGCCCCGCCGCUACGCUCAAUCUCGAUCUCAUCUCUCACUCCGCCACUGCCCCACCGUUAUUCCGCCUUUCAGUGCAUACUUCCUCGCCGGCGCAGUCAUUUGCCUCUACCCCAAGUGGUGCAGGAGAUGAAGAGAAGUUCCGAUCAUAUCGACGGCGACGCUAUUUCAUCGGGCCUGGAAUGGAAAUGUGGGCUGAAUGUGAAAACCACCGUGGCUCUUCUCCUGUCGCUUCUGUUUCUGGCGUUUCUGAUUCUCAGAGACCCGCCGUCUUCCGAUAGUGUCUGGAGUCGAGUUAAACCACCGAAAGUUAUGGAAGAUGAUGAUCAUAUUCUCCGGCCAAACGACGCCACCGGAGAUAACCUUCUCGCCGGACUUCUCCCUUCUGGAUUUGACCGGAAAUCCUGUCUAAGCCGCCACCAAUCAGUAUUGUAUCACAAGAAACUGAAGCGUCAGCCUUCAUCCUAUCUAAUCUCCAGGUUACGAAGCUACGAAGCUCUCCACCGGCGAUGCGGACCGCACACAGAUUCCUAUAAGAACAACGUUGGACGACUCAUCAACUCUGCCGGCAAUAAUAACCGCUCCGAUGGAUGUAAUUACCUCGUUUGGAUAGCCUUUAGCGGUUUAGGAAACAGAAUCUUGACGCUAGCGUCGCCGUUUCUUUACGCCGUUCUUACCAACCGUGUCCUCCUCGUCGAUCCUGGAAACCACAUUCUUCCCAAUCUCUUCUGUGAACCCUUCCCCAACACUUCCUGGUAUCUUCCCAAAGAUUUCCCCAUUGCUAAUCAGUUCAAAAGCUUUGAUCAGAACUCCACUUUCUGCCAUGGAUACAUCCUCAAGCAUAAUGUUUCUGCGAUUAUUCCACCUUUCAUUUAUGUCCAUCUUAUAUAUGACAUUGAUCAGCACCAUAAACUAUUUUACAGCGACAAAGAACAAAUUUUUCUGAAAAAAGUUCCUUGGGUAGUAAUGAGGACUGAUGAAUAUUUCGUCCCAUCUCUUUUCUUGAUCCAAUCUUUCAAGAAAGAUUUGGAGAACAUGUUCCCCGACAAAGAUUCCGUGUUCCACCUCCUCGGACGGUACCUUAUCCAUCCCACGAAUCCGGUCUGGGGGCUCAUCACCAGAUACUACCAAGCUUAUUUGGCCAUGGCGGAUGAAAAGAUAGGGAUUCAGAUCAGAGUUUUUGAGAGAGAAACCGGUCCUUUUCAACAUAUUCUAGACCAAAUUAUAAGCUGUACUAUGAAACAACAUAUACUGCCACAAGUCUAUCAAGAAGAUUCUCCCAUCGCUGAGAAUAUUAAGAAGAAGAAGAAGAAAGCUUUGCUGGUGACAUCUUUGAGCCCGUGGUAUUCGGAACAGAUCCAGAACAUGUAUUCGGAGCAUCCGACGUUAACCGGCGAGGUGGUCGGGAUUUUCCAGCCGAGUCACGAGGAGUAUCAGCGGACGGAGAAUCUGAGGCACAACAUGAAGGCGUUGUCGGAGAUUUAUCUUCUUAGCAUGACUGAUGUGUUGGUUACGAGCGGAUGGUCUACGUUUGGAUAUGUGGCUCAGAGUCUUGGAGGUUUGCGGCCAUGGAUUUUGUACAAGCCGGAGAACCGGACGGCUCCUGAUCCGCCGUGCCGGCGAGCUAUGUCCAUGGAACCAUGUUUCCAUGACCCGCCGUCGUACGACGGCGCCGACCCUCACGUGAAGCCUUGUGAGGACAGAAGCUGGGGGCUUAAGCUCAUCGCGGCAUAGAUAUAUUAUGUAUAUGUAUAUGUACGUAUAGAAUAACAGAAGACAUGCAAAUUCAUAAACACGCCGUGACGCCGGCACCGGUACGGUAGAAAAAUUGGUCGGAAAUUCCAUUUUCGUCAGUUUUCCGACCACGGAAAACGCCAAAUUUGUAGUAGUACGUGCGUAUAGACUGAUAGACAUUAGGAGAUUUACGUAUCAAAUUAAAAUUGAGAUUCAGUGCAAAACAUCUUAGUUAAUGUACAUAAAUUUCAUAGGAGAAAUCGAGGUAGUCAUAAUGUUGGGUAUGG